AUGGAGGAGUACCAAGCGUUGCAGCACAUGGAGUCUGUCGAUGCUACCAGGUCAUCUGACAUCAAUUCCUACUACAUGCCACACCAUGGCGUCAUUCGCGAAUCAAGCGUCACCAAGAAGUUACGCGUGGUUUUCAACGCAUCUCAGAAAACUGCUGCAGAUACCUCCCUUAACGAAUGCUUGCACACAGGACCAGCCCUUCAGCAAGACCUGAACUCCGUCGUCAUGAAGUGGCGGAACCAUCAGUUCGUGUGCAACGCGGACAUCGAGAAGAUGUACCGCCAAAUCCGCAUCCAUCCCGAGGACGCGGAUCUUCAGCGCAUCGUCUGGCGAGCAUCCCCGAGUGACCCGAUGACCUGCUAUCGCUUGACCACGGUCAUGUAUGGAACUGCCGCUGCUCCGUAUCUAGCGAUCCGAACGCUUCAGCAACUUGCUGAAGCUGAGCAGGCCAGGUUCCCACUCGGGGCGGAGGCGUUGCGCAACGACUUUUACGUCGACGACGCGCUCUUCGGCGCCGACGAUAUAGCCACAGCUCAGAAGGAUCCAGAGGCAGCUGAUUGA